AUGGCAUCAUCGUUCCUGACAAGAGGCAAAAAGAUCGUUGCGAUCGGCCGCAACUACGCAGCCCACGCCAAGGAGCUCAACAACGCCGUCCCUACCGAGCCCUUUUUCUUCCUCAAACCGACCACCUCGUACAUCACUAACAACAGCACGGUCGAGAUUCCCAAAGGCAUUGUUGCGCACUACGAAGUCGAGCUGGGUGUUGUCAUCGGUUCGUCCUCCAUCCGCGAUGUUCAUGCUGCAGACGCCAUGUCGCACGUCGCAGGCUACACCCUAUCGAUCGACAUGACGGCGCGCAACCUGCAGGACAAGGUGAAAUCCAAAGGUCUUCCCUGGUCCGCCGCGAAAGGCUUCGACACGUUCACUCCUACCUCGGGCUUCAUCGACAAGAGCCGCGUUCGCGACCCAAGCAAGCUCAAGCUCUGGCUCAAGGUCAACGACCAGAUCAAACAGAACGGGCCUACGAGCGAUAUGAUCUUUGGCAUCCCGGAACUGAUCGAGCACGUAACGUCGAUCAUGACGCUCGAAGAGGGAGACCUGUUGUUGACAGGCACCCCGUCGGGUGUGGGGGAGGUCAAGGAUGGAGAUGUGAUGCACUGCGGGCUGGAGGAUCAAUCGGGUAAUCUGCUCGAACAGCUCAAGAUCAACGUCGCCAACCGCGUCGGAGGAUACGAGUUCAAGCCUUAA